GAAGAUCCAAAGCAGCGCUGCUAUUUCUUCAACUUAUUUGGCAAUCGCCACUAUACCAAUGUCUUCCUUUUCUGCAAUUGGAUUGACCCUUUCAGUUAUAUCAUUCCUUCUCCUGGGCACCACCUCCAUUGCUCAACUCACCCCCGACUUCUACUCCGAGUCAUGCCCCGACCUCUUCUCGGCAGUUCGAUCUCAGAUUGAGAAUGCUGUUGACAAGGAGAAGAGGAUGGGUGCAUCAUUAGUUCGCAUGUUCUUCCAUGACUGUUUUGUCAAUGGUUGUGAUGGCUCUGUUCUGCUGGAUGACACACCCACAUUCGUCGGGGAGAAGAAGGCAGGGCCGAACAUGAACUCUCUUAGGGGAUUCGAGGUGAUCGAUGCCAUCAAGGCCGCAGUGGAGGAGCUCUGUCCUGGUGUUGUUUCUUGUGCCGAUAUCAUAGCAAUUGCGGCUAGAGACUCUGUUGUUGAGUUGGGCGGACGAAGCUGGGAUGUGAAGGUAGGAAGAAGGGACGCGAGGACCGCAAGCCAGGCCCUAGCAAACACCAGCAUUCCUGCUCCCACUAGCAGCCUUUCUAAGCUCAUUUCCAGCUUCGCCGCCCAGGGCCUUUCUGUCCAUGAUCUGGUCGCACUAUCAGGAGCUCACACCAUUGGGCAGGCAAGAUGCACCAACUUCAGAAACCACAUCUACAACGAAAGCAACAUAGAUGGCUUCUUCGCCAGGACAAGGAGAGCCAACUGCCCUCCCACCAAAGGUUCCGGUGACAACAACUUGGCUCCUCUUGACAUAAACACCCCAAAUUUGUUCGACAACAGCUACUACACGGACCUGCUUGCCAAGAGGGGCCUCCUUCAUUCCGACCAGGAGCUCUUCAAUGGUGGAUCCACCGAUUCGCAGGUUAAAGCUUAUGCUAGCAACGCUGACGCGUUCAAUGCAGAUUUCGUUGUGGCGAUGAUCAGGAUGGGAGACAUCAAGCCUCUCACUGGCAACAGCGGAGAGAUCAGGAAGAACUGUAGAAGGGUGAACUGAAGUAUAGAAGAAAGUCAACACUUGUGUGGAUCAGCAGAAAAGAAGCUCCUAAUUAGCAGCAGCCGUUUUCGUUGCUAGUUGUGGUUGUAACAAUACAAGGAUCGAUGGAAGGCCUGUUGUGUACUUGGCCCUUUUUGUGGUUAUUCGCUUUUUCUUCCUUUUCCUUUUUUCCCCCUUUAGGGUCCAUUUGAUUCUUUGAAAGGUCUUAGAGUUCUGCAGGCUCAUCUCUAGUCAGGUGUGCCAUGCACUUACUAGCAUCGUCUUUUAAUGAAUUUGA